AUGUCGAAAGAUCAACAACAACAAAACGAACAAGUUAUCGAAGAGGAUGGUGGCGCUCAGUUCCAAUCUUAUUUGAACAAUGACGGUAUUGAUGACUUGACUCCACAAUCAAGAAAACACAGAGUCUCGUCGCUUUCGUUAUCGGAUUUAAACAACUGGCAAAAUGGAUUAACCAAAUUGUCAUCUUCUUCAUCUUUGAACAAGAACGGUAGCAAUAGUAAUUUAAAAAAAUCAUCAUCAGCCAACUUGAAGAAAGUUGACUCUUUGGCCAAGUUAUCAAGAAAUGCCUCUAUUAUUAAGAGAAAUAAGAAGGAUGUGAUUGAUCAUGAAAGAGUUGCAUCCUAUGCUUUCUGUUUUGAUAUUGACGGUGUUAUAUUAAGAGGACCAAACACUAUCCCACAGGCCGUUGAGGCGAUGAAGUUGUUGAACGGUGAAAACAAAUACAAUAUCAAAGUUCCCUCUAUCUUUGUCACCAACGGAGGUGGUAAACCAGAAAAGCAAAGAGCUGAUGAUUUGAGUAAAAGAUUAAACUGUACUAUCACGCCUGAUCAAAUCAUACAAGGACACACGCCAAUGAAGGACUUGGUUGGUGUAUAUGAAAAUGUUCUUGUCGUUGGUGGUGUUGGUAACGUUUGUCGUAAUGUUGCUGAAUCGUAUGGUUUCAAGAAUGUUUACACACCAUUGGAUAUUUUAAAAUGGAAUCCUGCAGUAUCUCCGUACCAUGAUUUAACUGAGGAGGAGAAAAUCUGCACCAGAGACGUUGAUUUCAGCAAGACUCUGAUUGACGCUAUUUUAGUCUUUGCCGAUUCAAGAAACUGGGCUGCUGAUCAACAAAUCAUUUUAGAAUUGUUAUUAUCCAAAAAGGGUGUAAUGGGUACUCAAUCGGAAACUUAUGACGAAGGUCCACAAAUUUACUUUGCUCACUCUGAUUUCAUUUGGGCUACAAACUAUAAAUUAUCGAGAUAUGGUAUGGGUGCUUUACAAGUUUCCAUUGCUGCUUUAUAUCGUGAACAUACUGGAAAAGAGUUGAAAGUUAAUAGAUUUGGAAAACCACAGGUUGGUACUUUUAAAUUCGCCAACAAGGUUUUGAGUCAUUGGAGGCAAGGUGUUUUGGAUGAACAUUUGAAGAAAUUGAGUAUAAAUGAUCCAGAUGCUAAAGACGCUGAUAUCUUGAUUAAUGAGAAUGGUGAAGAAAUCAUUAACCAAGAGAAGUUGGAACGCUAUAAUUUCUCUGAUUCAGAAGAUGAAGAAUCAGAAGAUGAAUUAGAUGCAGAAGAAAAAGAAAGAGACGUUAAUAUUGGCGUAUCAAAGAAACAGGCACACAAGGAUUACAAUGAAGCUAAAAAGAAUCUUGCUAAACUUGCUGAAGUUGGUAAACCGGAUCAAAUUACUUUACAAUUACCACCAGCAUCAACCGUUUAUUUCGUUGGUGAUACUCCCGAGUCUGAUAUUAGGUUUGCUAAUUCUCACGAUGUUUCUUGGUUCUCAAUCUUAGUUAAAACUGGUGUUUAUCAAGAAGGUACCGAACCUAAGUACAAGCCAAAACAUUUGUGUAAUGAUGUUUUGGAAGCUGUCAAAUUUGCCAUUGAGAGAGAGCAUGAAAAAGAAUUGACCGAAUGGAAUGAAACUGCUAAUGAUGAAGAUACUUCCACAGCAGACAAAGGAUCAAGAUUGAACUUUGCUGAUUUGGUUAUGACUCCAAGUGAAAAGAAACAAAAGGAAGAGACAAAGAAGGAAACAGAUGAUAAAGGGUUGAAAAGAGCUGAUGAUGCUCCUGAAGCUAUUGAAGUUCCAGUUGGAUUAGCUGAACAAAUUGAGAAGUUGAAAGAUGUCGGUAAGUAG